CCUACGCGUAAAUCAUGUACUCAAGGUCGUCCCCCCCGGGAAACGUAGUUUGUUUACUAUGUCGUAUGCAGACAAUUUAAGGAAUAUUGCUAAGAAACAUGGUCAAGAGCAUUUAUUCACCUUCUGGAAUGAGCUCAGCAUCGAGGAGCAAUCCGAACUUCUCGGAGAUGUUUCCAAGUUGGAUUUCAAUACCUUCAGUCGUAUACUAAGUACUCCCACAAACACUUCUUCGGGAAUUGACGAUAAACUCUUACCACCUGAUUCUAAAGUGUGUGGAUCCCUGUCGGGACUGCGCAUCUCACAACCCUGCUUGCUGGAGCGAUAUGCUGAUUCCGCUUUGCAGUCAGUCAGUGAAAAUAAGGUAGCAGUUUUAUUACUGGCUGGUGGUCAAGGAACAAGGCUAGGUGUUUCUUAUCCUAAAGGAUUAUAUAAACCGAAUCUUCCCUCAGGUCGUUCAUUAUAUCAACUUCAGGCUGAGCGCCUACACCGGGUCUCUAAUUUAUGUCAAGAAAGGUUUGGCAAAACUCCCUCCAUAACCUGGUAUAUUAUGACUUCGGAGCACACGAAAGAAACAACUAUUCAGUUCUUUGAAUCACACAGUUAUUUUGGACACCAUCGUGACCACAUAAUUUUUUUCGAACAGUUUACUCUCCCAGCCUUCUCAGUAGAUGGAAAAAUUUUAUUAGAAACAAAGUCUAAAUUGACUUCUUCUCCAGAUGGAAACGGUGGCUUGUAUAGAGCUCUCAUGAAGCGAGGUAUUUUGAGCGAUAUGAAAUCAAGGGGAAUUGAAUAUGUCCAAAUUUAUUGUGUUGAUAAUAUUUUGGUGAAAUUACCAGAUCUUCAUUUCAUUGGCUUUUGUAUUGAGAACAAUGCGGACUGCGCCGCUCAAGUAGUUCAAAAAUUUGACCCAGAAGAAUCUAUUGGAGUUGUUGGUGUAGUGGACGGUCAUUAUCAGGUCCUUACAACAACUGGUUGUGGAAUAUAGUGAAAUAUCUCCAAGUACAGCGUCUCUACGUGUAAAUCAGUAUGACCAUCAUGAUGAUCUGAACAAUUCGAAAAUAGUCCAUAAUAAUGGAGACUUAUCAUAUACAAAUAACUUAAAUCGUUUAGUCUAUAGUCAUGGUAAUAUUUGUGUACAUUUUACAACAAGAUUAUUUUUGGAAAGUGUUUGUCAAGAUGAUAUACAAAUGAAAAUGAAAUAUCAUCGAGCUCAGAAGAAAGUUAUUCAUAUAGAUAUAGAAACAGGAGAACAAAUAAUACCUCAAAAACCUAAUGCAAUAAAGUUUGAAAAAUUUGUCUUUGAUGUUUUUCCAUUUGCCAAGUGAGUCAAGGUAUAAUUUUUGUGUAUCUAUCCAUUUAGACAGUUGCAGCUCAUUCCCCUUUAUGAAGAUCAGUCAGCCUAUGUGAUCAUGAUAUAUUCCUUGUUUUGAAAAAUGUGUAUCACUGUAUAAACUCUUAUAUCUAGUGUUGAUCUUUGUUGUCACUCAACUAGGUGAACAUUCACUGCAAAUGAAUGACUAUCAGUUCCUUUUCGAAAAUACUCGCCUGUGACAAAAAGUAGUUAGCAAACUAGGAUAGAUAUACAAACUAAGCAACGUAGAACCUGCUAUAGAAGGUCAUUGGUUCAAGUUGCCAUAUUUCACAAUAGAAUGAAAAGAAGUUGAUGAAAAAAUUGGUAUCUGAAAGUAAAUAAAAGUGUAUGGAUGAAUAGAGGUACGAUAAAUAGAAGUCAGUGAAAAUGCUCAAACUGUCAAAGACUUCAAGGAGUGAUUACUUCUGCACCACUUUGGUCGAUUUCCAUAUUACCAAGAAUCUCCAACUAUUGAUUCUUCCAAUCCAACCUGACUUUGAGUAGCAUUAGACGUCGAAGUGGACGGUGGAUAGGCAUGCUCAACAUAUGUAAGUCAGGCUAAUCGGCAAAAGUUCACAGCCUCAUUGACUGACUGACUGACUGACUUACCUUUCUUCUUAGCAAGCUCGAAGGUAGGUCUAAAGCAACGAAGGUAAACUAACUGAUUUCUGGAAGCUCUAUGCAAGUCUGACAUGCCGCUUAUUUUGCCAUGGAAUGUUAAGUGAAAUUGGGUUUGGCUAGAUGAAUUGUCAAGUGAUUGAUGAGAUCCAACAAAUAUCCAUAAAGUUUGUAUGCUACCUGGUUGGAGUCUGAAAAUUAUCAUAUACCAGCGAUUAUACACUUCAACCGGUAGUUUGAAAUCUAUUUACCUGUUAAAGUUACACUGAAUUUUUAUCGUGCUCUAAAAAUCCUGUAUACUAAUUUAACUUAUUUUCCUAUUUACUAUAGAAGAUGUAAUGAUAGUUUUUAUUCUGUUUACCAAUUAUGUCUGGUUGUGGCGUUAAACUAUAUCACACAAUCAAGCUUAAUGAUGUUUUGGCAGUUCCAAUAUGACUUCAGCGACUUAUUAAGUAAUUUAUAACACUCAAACGCUUGUUGUUGACGUUAUUCUUAAAAACUGUGUUUAGUGUGUGUGUGUGUGUGUUUCAAAAACUCGAAGAUUGGUGUAUGAUUUUACAGACAGAAAAUCUUAUGGCUUCAAAUGUUUUUAUUCCAUUUUACCACUUUCUUCUCCCCUAUACUUAUCUCAGAAAUUAAGAGUUGCUCUAUGUCACAUCAUGUUAAGGAGGUUUGUAAGUUUAUAUUUCUUAUUCAUGAUACUUAUUUAUUUUUUAGCUUUGCAAAUCAUUUUCACAUGUUUUAACUCUUUUAAAGACGGUUUUUCAUUUGGGAGGUUCCAAGAGAUGAGCAAUUUUCUCCAAUCAAAAAUGGACCAGGAGCAAUAAAAGAUUGUCCUAAAACAUCUCGUAAUGAUUUAUUGAAUUAUCAUACACGUUUGGCAAAAAAUGCUGGUGCAAUAAUAAUAGAUGAUCACUCUACAUCGAAUGGAAAUGGAUAUCAGAAUAGUGUAUAUGAAAAAGCCUUGGUUGAAAUUUCACCGUUGAUUACUUAUGAUGGUGAAAAUUUAUCCUGUCUGAAAGACAUUGAAAUUCGUGGUCUUAAUCGAUUGGAAUUGGAUGAAAAAACAGGAAAACCAAUUCUACUUUCCUCUGUAGUAGAUAAUCAUUAGACAAUAUAUAGUCGAACCGUGUGUGAAGCAUCUUGUCGAAAAACGUGGGAGUGGUUUAUUAACUUUUUUCUAUCCACUGAGAUGUACACAUAUACAAAUGAAGGUUUUCCUUCCCGGCGUUUCUUUUGUAUGCUUUGCGCUUACUUGUCAACUUUCCAGCUAAUUUUGUUGAAUACACUUCUUCUGGAUUUCAGUAUGUGCAUGUAUCAUGAAAUCUUUGCUACUGGUUAAAACAAUCAUUCCAUAUAACACUGUUUUAUGCAUCUAUACGAUUCUUUGUGGCUUUUCAUAGGUAACUAAUUCGGUGAGUUUUUAUACACUGGUUCUUUUGUAAUUCAGCUUAUAGUAUAAAGAACACAAUCGAUCUGAUGUUUAUAUUUGUUUUGUGCCUUGAUUAUUUCCUUUAUAUUUUCUGGUUUUGUGUCACACAGAGCAACUCAAUAAGUUGAAGAUUUCAUUCAACUAAAUAGUUUGUAAUUUUUUAAAUUACUUUUAAGCAUGCAUAUAUGUACACAUAUAUUCUUAAUAAACAUUUUUAUAAUUGUUUAAAGUUGAUAAUGAUAUCUCUCUAUACUCGUUU